AUGCUUUGUGCUGUCCAUCGUGUUUCAGAUGCCAUGAAUGAAUACUUUCAAUGUAGUAGAACAUAAAUUUUACGUCAGCUACCCAAUAAUAAAUCAGAAAAAAAAACAACCCAUAUUACCCAUAUUACCCAUAUUACCCAUGUGUCGAGACAUGAAUGGAAACAUCCUUGACUUUGUCGAGCAUAGCAAACACAUUGGUCCCGAUUACAGCCGCGGCGGCGGGGUGGGGAUGGCUGGCGGUCCUUUUGGCUGUCGGAGGACUUAUUCUGCUGUACAGAUCAACAAGCAAAGAUCCUGGUUACAUCAAGAGCAUUCGAAGUAGUCCCGAGGAACUGAAAGAUGCAGAGGAACCUCUCGUAGCAAGAAGAGGGCUAGACUCCCCUGCACUAUGGGCAGGACAGUGGUCGCAGCUGUGCCCAACUUGCAAGACACUGGCGAUGGGUCUUGGCGCCAUCAUCACGAUUCAACGGCUAUGGCAGGAUCACUCAGCGCCAUCGGCAGCAGGUCCCUGGAUUCGACAUGUGAGCUUCUCUCAUGCAGAUGCGUUAGUCUUCUUGGUGGUCGAUGUCUUUGUACUCUGCAGUGUCGCAACACUGGCUACGAUGCAAGGCUUCCAGAUUGCGCGGAACAUCACAACGAACGAGAUGGCGAACCAGCACAGGUACACGUACCUGCGGGGACCAGAUGGUCGCUUCUUGAAUCCGUUCGACCGUGGUUGUAGUAAAAAUUGCGGAGAUUUCUUGCUGCACGGCGUCACCGAGGAUGUGAUGGUCUCCUGGCUGCCGCGGAACAAUAUGUUGGUCCCGCAUAUCCAAAGGGACCUUGGUUCCAAAGAAGGUAUUGGAGGGGUCGGUGGAGCGUCGGCUAUGAGCAACGGGGGACCCUGUGCAGGCGGUUCCGGGGGUGCAAACCAUGGCCAUAGCCAUGCACAUGGACUUACGCAUGGGCACAGUGCAUCCGUGCCGAUGGGUUUGGCUGUGGGCAUCAUGCGGAAUUCGUAUUCGAAAUUGGGUCGCACGUCUUAACGAACCAGUGUGAGUAAUUCUGUCCACGAACAUGAAGCAUGCGCUUCGUUUAUGUACGUUCACACUACAGCCUUGGAUGUACAAGUACGUUUUCUGGCCGCACGAUGUGUCUGUGUAAUUAGGGCUUGUAAAGAAAAGGCAGGGGUUGGGUAAAUCGGAGAGGGGACGGGAAAGAGAGAGAGAGGUUGUGGUGUGGAUGCAGGCAGGGCAGCAGAGGUAAAUGAACUCGAGGGGAGAAAACGGCAGACCGGAAGCCUCGGCUGAGGGUGGAGAAGUGAAAUCGAGGAGAGGAGAGGAGAGGAGGUUUGCCAAAGACUGUGUCCGCGUAGGUAUCGGGUCCCGCAGUCCUAGGUGUGACCAGGAAUGCACGGCACCUGCCAGACAAACGAAGGACGAGGCAACACAGGAGGUCUAGGGAAGGGCGGCGCAAAGAAGAGCGUAAGGUUGAUGGGGAGCUCAAUAGGAGGGCAGGACGAGGGGCAUGAUGUUGGUGCAUGAAAAGGGGCAGGAGGUGGGGCUGUUUCGCAGCGAUGCAAAGGAGAGAGAGAGAGAGAGAGAGAGAGAGAGAGAGAGAGAGAGAGAGAGAGAGAGAGAGAAGGUAUGGGCUGCUCCGCUGCCAUGUGCCAUGCAUUUCCACCGUCACGGCAGCGCAACCGACGACCUGGUCGAGGCAAGCUUCUCGUUCAUCUCACACACACAAGUUUCCUCUUUGUGUUUCUGACCUCUCCCACCUAGCCGAUGGGUCUCGCGUGGUCCUAAGCAUUUCAGCUUCUUCCCAUCGAAAAGUUGGUGGGCAGGUGAUGCAAAUUGAUACUUCAUCGCUGGCCUGUGAUCGUCGAUGCAUCCCCCCGUUUGUUGAUGUUGAAUGUGGACCCUAUGGAAGGAAAAGGGAGUUCAUACAUAUCACACUUCGAUGCAUGCAACGAAUCUGGCGCAAUGCUUGUAUUCACGUGCGGCUGGUGGGAUGGAGACUGCCAACUGCCGUCACCGGUCACACGAGGAGUGUGCAUUCCUAGUGCCUGCUAGUGGAAACCCGAUGAAUGCGCCUAGCGGACACCCUAGGAGCGAACGUGGGCUGGUUGUAACAGUGCGAGUCUUCUGCUUAUUCCAAACUUGUUGUGACUUAGUGGUACGGUGGAUUGGGUACUAGAGUGCGCCCUGGUCUUCGCUCGGGGAUAUAUUUUGUCAACGGAGGGCAACACCCUUAGCGCGAAGACGAUGGCGGAAGAAGUAGAUGAGAGAACCCACAUGGUAGAAAGACGGGCCCAGCGGGCACUGUGGUCUCCAAAAAGAGCUUUUGAAUAGCGGAGCUUGGGGCAGGCAGGAGCGGCGAGAAGGAGAAAGUGAUCGCACUAGUCGUCGUAUCUGUUUUAAAGAAGUGGCUGCGGUGAGAAAUUGUUCUUCUUCAUGGGCUUAUUUUGUCUGUUUUUUUUUUUUUUUUUUUUUUUUUUUUUAAUACCAAGAAAUAAAUUUUGCCAGAGUAU